GCUUCUCUUUUUCUCUUGCUCACUCCCCUCCAGUGACUCUGGCCUCAUUGAACAUGUCCGAUUCACCAAAACCACCAGUUGCUCCCAAGCCAAAGAAUGCCAGUCCCCUCACACCAGUGACUGCACCCAAAUUCCCUUCGUCACCCAGGCCUGACAGUCUUCACAGUCCCAACUCCAUGUCGAGGGGGCCAAAACCCCCCAUCGCCCCUAAACCAAGGCUGGACACCCCCAAUGAGUGGAGGGCCAGUGUGUACAUGAUCAACAGCUUGAACAAAUGCAGCAAUGGGAAGCUGCUCUGCGUAGAUAAGGGACUUUAUGAAGAGCAGCAGUCCAACCUGGAGUGCUCUGAGGCCGAGGCCGAUGAGGAUUACAUCGUGGUCCCCAGGGCUCCACCGACAGAGGAUGAACCCAGGGAUGGGGACUCUGUGGAGAAUGCAGUCACGGUGCCUCCGGAUGCCACUGGGGAAGAGGAACCCCAGGAGGAAGGUGAGGAGGAGGGGACAGGAGCUGCUGAAGAAGUGGCAGCCCCAGCCGAAAUGGCACUGGGUGGAGAGACUGAUGAAGGAGUAGCCCCCAUUCCUGAGAAGGUGAGGGCUGAUGACUGCGCCCAAGACCCAGAGGAAGAGGAGCAGAAGCUCACAAAUGAGGAGGAAGAGAAGCUGGUGGAGGAACACAACAUGUACAACCUGGAGGAUAGGGGCCCUUGGGAUGGAGAGGCAGUCUUUUCGAGCGAUAUCAUUCUAACUCAAGUUGAUGUAGAGGAUCCAGAAUCAGCUGGCAAGGAGCCUGGGCCUCUUGGGACACCCAGGGAGGCAGAGGAGGAUGGUGAGGAAGGCUGUGCCAAGACAGAACCAGGGGUGCCAGAUGAGUAUGGGGAAUCUGACAGGCCCACUGAGGAGGGUGCUGAAGAUACCAGUGAGGAACCUCUGGAGAAUGAGGGAUUGGCCACGGGCAUCCAGGAGGCGGAGAUAGUCACAGACAACCCUGACGUCUCCGAGGAGGAGUGUGAAGAUGCCACAAGCGGGGGCAACCGGGAUGACCAGGAUGAACCACCUGACCAAGAGGAGAAAACUGACCAAGAAGAAAUGGCAGCAGUCAUCCAAGAGGCGAGAGAAGACGUUGCAGAAAGUGAGGACUCCGUGCAGGAUGAACCUGCUGAGGAGAGCUGCCAGAUCAUUCCUUUCGAGAAUGACUGUGUGGACGACUUUGUGACUUCACUCUCAGGGAGUCCCUAUGAGUUCUUUCCUACAGAGAGCACCUCUUUCUGUGGUGAAAGCUACUCUUCUUUUUCUGAGUCAGCGAAAGGCUUAGAGUCGGAGCAGGAAUCAAAGCCAGGGGAAUGUGCAGACCAGGACACCGUGGCUGGGACGUUGCGUGGCCAGCAUGGCUCCCUGCAAGACGGCACUGGGGAGGGCUUCUCUGUCCCUAACGUGCUGGUCUUGCCAGAGGAUGAGGAUGCCACAGACGAUGCGCUCACCAACCCCUAUGAGCUGGGAGUCGACUUGGUGUGCGGAACCGACCCUGGAGAGGGAGAAAAACCCGAGACACAGGCUGCAUCAGAUGCCCUAAGUGGUUAUGGCUCAAAGGAAGAACUGAACUCUGAUGCUGAGGGCGGCCUGAUGCCCAUCGACAGAAAGAACAUCAUCUCAAGGGCCAGGCCCCACUCUGGGAAAGUGCCUGGCUAUGUCCCAGAAACUGUCCCAGAAGAAGCUGGACCAGAAGCUGUCUCAUCGUCAGCCAUUGGCAUUGGGGGUGCCACCGAGGAGGCAAGAAAGAUGGUUCUGUCAUUGGAGGGGAAGCCACUAGAAGUCAGCAGGGCCUUACCAGCAAAGCCCAGAGCCUUCACUCUGUACCCUCGUUCAUUCUCCGUGGAGGGCCGAGAGAUCCCAGUCUCCGUGUACCGGGAGCCAGAGGCAUCUGGCUUAGCCGACCAUCGAAUCAAAAGGAAGGAUGACAACCUCUCUCUGCCCUGUGUGAUUGGCUCCUCUGGGAGUUUCUCCCAGAGGAACCACCUUCCAUCCAGUGGCACUUCAACACCAUCUUCCAUGGUCGAUAUCCCACCACCUUUUGACCUGGCCUGCAUCACCAAGAAGCCUAUCACAAAGAGCUCUCCCUCACUCCUGAUUGAGAGCGAGCCCCCAGACAAGCACAGCAAGAAGAAGAAGUCAUCCUUUAAGCGGUUUCUGGCGCUGACGUUUAAGAAGAAGACUGAGAACAAAGUACACGUGGAGGUCAAUGUGUCUUCUUCCAGGUCUUCUUCAGAAUCCAGCUACCACGGGCCGUCCCGGCUCCUGGAAAUUGACCGCAGGAGCCUCAGCAACUCCCCUCAGCUUAAGACCCGGACUGGCAAGCUCAGGGCUUCCGAAUCACCCUCCUCCCUCAUCUUCUACAGGGAUGGCAAGAGGAAAGGCAUCCCCUUCAGCAGGACAGUAUCCCGAGUGGAGUCCUUCGAAGACCGCUCCCGGCCCCCCUUUCUGCCCCUGCCCCUGACCAAGCCCCGGUCUAUCUCAUUUCCCAAUGCCGACACUUCGGACUAUGAGAACAUUCCAGCUAUGAACUCGGACUAUGAGAAUAUCCAGAUUCCACCCCGGAGGCCUGCGAGGGCUGGGACAUUUACAAAGCUGUUUGAAGAUCAGAGCAGAGCCCUGUCUACAGCAAACGAAAAUGACGGCUACGUGGACAUGAGCAGCUUCAACACCUUUGAGAGCAAGCAGCAGAGUGCAGACCAGGAAGCAGAAAGAAAUGCAAAUCUUUGUGAAGACCUGACCGGCAAGACCAUCACCCUGAAGGUUGAGCCUAGUGAUACCAUUGAGAAUGUGAAGGCUAAGAUCCAGGAUAAGGAAGGCAUCCCUCCUGACCAGCAGAGUCUCAUCUUCGCAGGCUAG